AUGAAGUAUGCACAGUUUGUGAUGGGACCGGCCGGCUGUGGCAAGUCCACAUACUGCGCAAUCGUUCAGGAGCACUUCAAAGUUGCAUUGAAACGAACUUGCAGGGUGGUGAACUUAGACCCGGCAGCAGAAAACUUCGCUUACGACUGCUAUGUUGACGUACGUGAUUUGAUUUCAGUGGAUGACGUGAUGGAGGAGCUUGACUACGGACCCAAUGGCGGGCUUGUCUAUGCCAUGGAGUACCUGUCGGAGAACAUGUCUUGGCUGGAGGAGCAGGUGAGCGAUGCGUUAGAUGAUGACUACUACAUCUUCGACUGUCCGGGGCAGAUCGAGCUCUACUCGCACUUGUCGGUGAUGCGGGAGGUCGUGGACAUGUUGCAGAACGAGGACUUCCGAGUCGCCGGAGUUUACUGCAUCGACGUCAAUUUCAUUGAGGACGGAGCAAAGUUUCUAUCGGGAGCUUUGACGGCAUUAACUGCGAUGAUCAACCUGGAGUUGCCCCACAUCAAUGUGCUGACGAAGUGCGACCUGCUUCCGGAAGGGGCGGAUGUGGAACGCUACAUCGAAGGCGACUCGGAGGCCAUUUUGUCAGAGCUCCGUGGGUCCAUGCAUCCCAGGUAUCGGAAGCUCAACGAAGCCCUCGGGCAGGUGCUGGAAGAGUACUCUUUGGUGAGCUUCGUCGCGCUCAAUCGUGACGACGAGGAUUCGAUCGAGCUGUGCCUUGCACACAUCAAUCAUUGUAUCCAGUACGGAGAGAACCUGGAACCAGAAGGCAGUCGAGCAGCAGAUAGCAGCAGUGUUGAUAGCUUUCCUCUCAUCUUCACUGCGAUCCGGUAUUGCUUUUUGCUGCAGGUGCCUUCGACAUGCCUGAUGACGACAUGGGCUACGAUGAAUGAAAAUCGGACGAGACCUCAAGCCAUGGCUAGCCAGCAGCAAGGAGGUCAGCUUCAGUUUCACACGGUUUCUGCCUCUGACUCUCCUUCCAAUGAUCUCCCUGCCAUGUCGCGGGAUAUCGUCAGCAAUGAGCAUGCGACUUGUGCCGGUGCCCUUGGCCUCGUCGAAGACGAGCCAGUGCUGCAUCUUCGUGUGCGAUCAGCACAUCCCGGUCAGCGCGAUGCAGACUGCAUCAACCUCCUUGUCAUGCCAUUCAACACUUGCAAUAUGAUAAAAGCGCGCCUGAAGGAACAACGCCGUGGCCUAAAAGCUGUGCGCGACAACGAUAUUAGGCUACUGCACAAGGGCAUCGAGCUUCGCGGGGGUUAUCCCCUGGAUUACUAUCUUCACAGUGCGAAUGCAGAAAGUCCGGCUGAGCUCCAAUACCUCAUCAUCAAUCACGGGGCAGAGAGGAGCAAGACGGCACAGGACACUGGCAUGUACACUGCCCAUCAAGUCCCCACCCCACAGACGCUGCAGGACUUGGUGGAAGAAAUCUCAGAUGCAUUGUUUGGCGGAAUUAAGCCUUCACUCACGGACGAUGGAACGGGCGCGACGUACAUGCUUCGCGGCCCCUCGUCUCCGAAACCUCUGGCUGUGUUCAAGCCCAAAGACGAGGAAGCGUUUGCCCCCAACAAUCCACGGGGCUAUCAGGGAAAGGAGAACUCAGUUGGCCUGCGACCUGGCAUCCUCUCGACGCAGCAAGCCGCGCGCGAGGUUGCAGCUUAUCUGCUAGACCACAAAAACUACGCGGGAGUGCCUCCCACUACUUUGGUACAUGCCAAGCAUGAGAAGUUCGUCAAUCCUGACAAAAGCAAGGUUGAAUGGAAAGUUGGAGCGUUCCAAGAAUUUGUGAAUUCAUGUGGCACCUCUGGCGACUUCGGGAUGUCAGUCUUUAGCGUUUCAUCUGUGCAUAGAAUUGGUAUUCUGGAUGUCCGGAUCAUUAAUUUGGACAGAAACGACGGUAACCUGUUGGUUACCGACAGCAAGAGGCCGAAGCUCAUACCCAUUGAUCAUGGCCUCAGUCUGCCCGACAGACUGGAGGUGUAUACAUCCGAUGUGGUCUGGAUGGACUGGCCGCAGGCGAAGAAGCCGUUUGCUCAAGCCGAGCUGGACUACAUUAGGUCCCUGGAAGCGGAGAAAGACGCCAAAAAUAUCGAGAUGCAGCUUGGAAUUCGCCGAGAAUGCCUGCGCCUGCUGGAAGUGACGACGAAGUUGCUCAAAUUCGGCGCAGAGCGUGGACUUACACUUCACCAAAUAGGCCAGAUUCUUUACAGAGAAGAUCCGGAUGAUGGUGAUGGCACCCACAAACCCAGUGUGCUGGAGGGGAUUAUCUCCAGAUGCGUCGAGUCUGCGCUUGCGGUCAUGGGCCAAUCUUCCGGCACAGCUUCCUCGACGGUGGAGAGCCUUGACCUGUUGUCGUCCUUCCGGCCGGAAGCGCGGGGUUUACGUCGGCAAGUUUCUGGCGGUGGUGGACAGGAUCAUCGUCCAUCCCCGCUACCGUCGCCGAAUAUCGGGCCAGGCCGGCCGCCCACGGAGGGUAUUUUCUCUGCACUGGAAAGCGGUGAGUCUGACUCGUUUGAAUUGUCCAGAGCAGCCAGUCCCGAUGGAAACGGGAUAUCCAUGCAGCUUGAUGGACGUCCAAUGAGCUCAGGUGAACAAUCUGGAAAUGAACAGAUUCCGACCUUCGACAUCGAGCCCAAGGAGGACAGCCAGGACGAGCUGGCAGAAGCACGGAGGAGAAGGCGCGGCACAGCCGGCAGAUACAGGCACCAUCUUUCCGUCCGGCCUUCUGCAGCCCGCGUUGCAGCUAAGGAGGGUUCAGGCAGCGAUGCAUCAAGUGGAAUCUUCGCAAUACCCGGCCGGGGUGGCUUCCAGUGGGGGACAAAGCUCGAGAAGGCUUUCUCCCGCCAUGUGACAGUCGAACUCUGCCGCUACAUUGACAAGCAUUUUCCUGCAGCAGAAGCAGUAACAGCGAGAACUGCCGACGAGGCCCCGUGA